AUGACAUGGACACGCAUUAUUAUUGUAUUUCAAGUCAAGUUUCUACAACACCCGUCUGUUUUUAUUAAAUUAAAAUGUAUGUACCGGAUGAACAGUACCAUAAGUAGUCAUAACUUGGUACUACAUUAUAAAAUGCUCACAGUAUGUGUAACAAUAGUCAAUGCAUCUAAUUCUCGCCCUAUUCGUCUAGAUGACAUCAUUAUUCACAAACGCCAGCUUAAAUUAGAGAUAAACCAUAAAAGUUAUAUGGAUCGCCUUUAUUAUUCAUCCUUAAUCGAAUUGAAUACAAAUGAGUUCAUCGCCAGUCCCUUUGCUGUUCCUACAAGUGACUAUUAUAAUAAAAUACAAUCUAAAUUUUUAUUCUCUUUGUCCCUUAUGCGGAAAGACGAAAGCAGAACUUAA